AUGGGGUUCGAUUCAGAGACUGGCCAUGGGGACCGUCGACCGGCGCAGUCGGGUCGCUCCUCCUUCGGUAGUACAGCGAAGAUGGACUUCCCCAAGUUUGAUGGGGAGGACUAUCAAGUAUGGUUCGACAAUUGCGAGCUGUAUUUUGACAUCUAUGGUGUCUCAGACCAUAUGAAAGUUAAAUUUGCCUCUCUGAAUGUGAUCGGUAAUGCUGCACUUUGGCUCAAAAUGGCCCAAAAACGCAAACCCCUCCAACAUUGGGAUGAAUUGCGUGCAGCAGUAGCAGAAAAAUGGGGCAAGGAUAAGCAUCAGUUCUAUAUGCGUCAGUUGUUGUUAUUGAGUCAGAUAGGAUCUGUAGCUGAGUAUACUACCAAAUUUGACACUCUUCGUCAUCAGAUUUUGUUAGCUGAUCCACAUACACAUGAGGUGCUCUUUGUAGAGCGUUACAUUGCAGGGCUCCGUCCUGACAUUCGUUCUGCUAUUGUUUUACACCGUCCUAAAAGUGUGGAUACUGCUAGUUGUUUGGCCUUGUUGCAGGAAGUCGAGGUGGAACAUGACAAAUCUCUAUCAGCUGUGAAGCAAGGCUCGCGCUCUUACAACAAAUCAUCGGCAGAGAAGAAACAAGGGGUUUCUGCUUCAGAAGACUCGCGGAAGUGGUCUGAAAAGCUGGAAGCACUGCGUGCCUACCGCAAGUCGAAGAAUCUCUGUUUCACUUGUGGUUAUCCGUGGGCACGCAGCCACAAAUGUCCUGACAAAGUGCCCAUUCAUGUCAUGGAAGAGUUACUGGAGAUUUUGCAGUUAGAUGAUCCUCCCGAUCCUCAGCAUCUAUCAGAUUCCAGCUCAGAUGAGGAGGUAAUGCUUUUGGCCAGGGACAGUGGCUCAACCCCGCAAGUCAAGCGACGCACCAUGCGUCUCCAUGGUCGAAUUGGUAGCCGAGAGGUGCUCAUUUUGGUGGACUCUGGUGCCAAUUGCUCGUUUGUGGAUACGGCGAUAGUCGAUGAGUUACAACUUCCAGUGCAACAAACGAAGCCAGCCUCAUAUGUAGUUGCAGGAGGAGGGACAUUGAUGAGCUCUCAAAUGGUGAACCAGCUCUCAUGGUGGACUCAAGGCCAUACCUUCUGCCAAGACAUGAAAGUGCUUCCCCUCGGCUGUUAUGAUAUCAUCAUUGGCGCGGAUUGGCUCGAGCAGCACAGCCCUAUGUGGGUUCAUUUGCACAAAAAGUGGAUGAAGUUCACUCACGAAGGGCGCCGCAUCUCCUUGCGAGGCAUUCAGGACACAAAUCAGCAUCUUAAACCCGUCUCGGCAGGGAAAUUGAAAGGACUGCUGCGCCGAGGGGCAAUUCAGCAAGUAGUGCAGAUCAAGCGCGUGCAGAAAGAGAAAGAAUUAUGCUCCGUGGCUGAUACUGUUCCAACCCCUGACCCACUUCCUCCAGAGGUAGCCACGGUCCUGCAAGAGUACAAGGAUGUGUUCACGGAGCCAUCCACCCUGCCACCCCAGCGUUUGGGUGAUCAUAAAAUUCCCCUCAUUCCGGGUACUCAACCGGUUCGAGUGGCAGAGGGGGAUGAAUUCAAAACAGCUUUUCGGACGCACCAUGGGCUAUACGAGUUCCUGGUAGUUCCUUUUGGCUUGUCAGAAGCUCCCGCAACAUUUCAAGGUGUGAUGAAUACGGCUCUAGCGCCGGUGUUUCGUGAAGGUGUAGUCGUGUUCAUGGACGAUAUCUUGGUGUUCAAUAGGACACUCCAGGAACACAUUGCAAAGCUGAGGACUGUUUUGCAGCUCCUGCGCGACAACCACAUGGUGCUUAAACAGUCCAAGUGCGAAUUUGCCAAGCCCCAAAUUGAAUAUCUCGGCCAUGUAAUCAGUGCGGCAGGAGUGUCCACCGAUCCAGCGAAGGUAGCAGCUGUCCAGCAGUGGCCGGUACCAACCACCGUACGCGCUCUGCGGGGUUUCUUGGGGCUUACCGGCUACUACCAAAGAUUUAUUCAGCAUUACGGGGUCAUCAGCAAGCCUCUGACCAAUUUUCUCAAGAAGGGGACAAUAUUUCAGUGGACACCAGUGACUAAUCAAGCCUUCCAACUGUGA